AUGGUGUCCCUCUCUCUUCUGUCCACCGAGAAUCCGCCUUAUUUGCUUGGCGACGUGCCAGAGAUGCUCCGCCAGUACCUCGCUGGUAUCUCUGUUCACUGGCCUGACUUCAGUCAAUCGUGGGCCGACUUCUCAAGCUGGCUUUCUCAACCUCACAUUUUGGCUGUCGUCUUAGCUUGGUGGAUCACAUUCACCGUGAUCUGUACAAUCAUCUUGGUCAUAGGGUUUGGCCCUGCCGGUGUCAUUGCAGGAACUGCCGCGGCCGCUUUUCAGUCAUUCAUGUAUGGUGGUUUCACGCCCGCAGGAGGUCUCUUCGCCACCCUGACAAGUAUGGCCAUGGUGGGCACGCUGGUGCCAGCGUGCUUUGCUAUCUCCCUACUGAUUGCCUCUCUUGUAGCAGCAAUGGUCUGGGUGUACGGCGUGGGGAGGUAA